CCGCUGAUCACAAUCGAUUCCAUCCCGUUGGUACUGGCUGAAGAGGAAAUCUAGAGCGAGGUCUCAGAGGGGCAGUCCACAUGGUGCUAUCAUCAAUAAUCAAACUGCAGAAGCUGAAUUGAAAACGAAGAUGCAAGUCAGCAAAGUCAAUAGUUUGAAGACUGACGACAGUAUCGAUGUCAUGGUCCGAAAAAUCAUAUAAAAAGGUGAAGAAAUUUCCCUUCUGGAGAUGUAUUCCUCACCAGCAGAACACUCCAUCUACACUUCUCCAAUAAAUCUAGUUCACCGCAAAACACUCUCAAAAUCUUCAUUUUAACAACUACAUUCAUCAUGAAGUUCAUCUAUACCACCAGCAUCAUCACCGCCAUUUUGGCAGCUGUUGUUCCAGCUCUACCGGUCGCUGAACCCGAAGCUAAUGUUGCUAUCGCCGCCCUUGAGAAGCGGGGAAGUACUCAAUUCGCAGUCUACACUGACUCUGGUAUGUCAAUUUCCUAUCAAUCCAUUCAUUCUACACAACUACGCCUAUCCUCCUCUUACUAUCUCAAACUAACACUCACAUCACAGCAUGUGGAGGUGGAGCCGUAAUUUUCACCGACGGAGCCGCAACAACCAAAGGAAACUUCGGCGCUACUCAACACAGUAUCAAGAUCUUGAGCUUAACUCCCAACUUCCAUGUUACUUUCUAUUCGGGUCUUAAUCAAGGAGGUGAUAAGUCUCAAUUUGGAACUGCUUCUGUUGGAGGUUGUGUUGCGAAUGUUAAUUAUUUGAGUUAUGGGUUUUAUUCCGGUGCUUAAGUAGUGGGAGGAGAGGAUUAGAAGGGGUUGGGGUCGGAGAAUUGGAAUGGGAAUGGGAAGAUUGAUGGCGAGGGAAGGGAGAGUGGUACUGGAGUGUAUUCAGUGGAAGAGAAUGGAAGCUGUUGUUUAUUCAUUCUUUCUUUCAUUUGGCUCAGAACGACUGUCUCCGACUCUCCGGACUGUACCGGAGAGGCUCACAGAAUUUCUCGUGUCCAUCUAUACAUACACUCUUUUAUGAAUUUAACAACGGUUCAUUUUAUAUUGAUUGAUACUCAGUUCAUUUCCUAGUACCCCAAAGCCAGAUUUUGAUGAUUGUUAUGAUGAAAUAAUGAAGGCAAUGAUAGAAUGAUUGAAUGAUUGAUUAAAUCUC